AUGUCCAACGUUAAAGCUCCUACGCCAAUACAUCUUCUGCGAUCUCACACAUCCCCUGUUGCUGCCCUGUUUGUUUCUCCCGACAACGAACGUAUAUACUCUGGCGAUGCGUCAGGUCGCGCAGUUUUAACUUCAACCAGAACCUUGCGCGCCAUCGCGUCGUGGAAAGCUCACGAAGAUGGUUUCUUGGGCAUCGAGGAAUGGGAGAAUGGAAAUGGAAUAAUCACGCACGGUAGAGACAACAAGCUUCACGUUUGGAACCGACCGGAUGAAAUUUCAAUUACUUCUGGUAUCGGCGGCUCAGCUGCUCUACCAGAUCUUCCUACACCGACUUUGAGGUUCUCGCUGGACGUGAACGCUCUGAACUAUUGCCGAUUCUCCCUCCUCCCAACAUCAAUUAUUGGAUCUACCCUAUUACCGCAAAAUUUGCCAUCGGCAAGCACAUCCACAACGGAUUCGUCGUCAGUGCUCCCUGCGCUCAUUGCACUACCCAACCUAAUUGAAUCAUCUGAGGCCGAUGUAUGGUCAUUGCCUUCAUGUAAACGCUUGCAUGCAGCAGUUGGUAAACGAGUUAAGACAUCGAUAUUCUCUGAGAAUGGUAGAACAGGAGAAGAUCCUACUGGCAUAAUAAUGUCUUUGCAUCUAUUCGAAACGACGUCCUCAUCACCUCAGUCAUCGAAAGUCACACCGGAGCUCCGGGUACUAAUAGCUUACGAAAGCGGGGACGUUACUUUGAGGCGCUACGCUAAUAUUGAGAGGCAAGCGUCGGUCGAGGGGAAGGAUUGGGAAGUCAUCUGGAACACGAAAAUACAUCAAGAAGCCAUAAUGGCCAUGCAAGUAUCCUCAGACAACCGAUUUGCCCUUACAGUUUCUGCUGAUCACAUAGUUGGCAGAUACGACUUGACUGUGAGUUGUGCUUCUACGUUACAGGAUUACUCUACCACAUUUCGCACCAAACAUCCCGGAAACGCUUGUAUCGCCAUCCGUGACGACGGACGUGUCUGUGCCGUAGGAGGUUGGGACGGAAAAGUUCGCCUUUAUUCCACCAAAAGUUUCAAACCGCUCGGAACUCUGAAAUACCACAAAGACGGGUGUCAGGCUUUGAGGUUUGCUACAUCUGUUAGUACGACGGAGCAGUCUGAGCAUGAUGAUCAUACAGAUGAGGACGAGGAUAUGUCGGUUGAAGACAAUUUGAAACGAAGCAGAUGGCUUGUGAGUGGCGGAAAAGAUAAACGCAUCGCGAUUUGGGGGUUGAUUAGUUUUGCGAAGUCCUAA